UCACCGCAGACCUCCACGGAAGCCCUCUACCUGGACGACGCCACGCUCGUCACCACGACGACCACCGUCCUCUCCUAUCAACCCAUCUCAGCACUGAGCGACCAAGACCGAUCGCUAGCCAAGAACAUCCCCCCGGAAGACUACGCCCUCACGACCCGCCAAACAGUCUUCUACCCGCAAGGCGGCGGGCAACCCAGCGACACGGGCGUGAUCCUGGUUGCAGACAACACCAGCACCGACCACCCUUCCACCUUCGAAGUACACCUCGUCCGCAAGACGGCGGAUGGCAGUAUUCUGCACUUCGGGCACUUCAUCCCUCCCGCCACCGCACUCCCCCUCACCAUCGGCCAAUCAGUAACCCAGACCAUCGACGCAGUCAAACGCAACUACCACUCCCGCCUACACACAGCAGGGCACAUCAUCGGACUAGCGAUGCGACUGCUGGCGCCGCAGCUGGGCGAGCGGAAGAAAGUGAAAGCCAACCACGCGCCGCGCGAGGCCUGCAUGGAGUUCGAGGGGCUGCUGUACAACGAGCACAAGCCGCUGAUCGAGGGCAAGGUCAACGAGCUCGUGCAGCGCGCGCUCCCCGUCACCAUCGCCUGGUGGGAGGAGAGUGAGAUCCAGAAGGCGGAGCUGAAUAUGGUUGAGGGGUUGCAGCUGGGUGGCGAUGGGCGCGUGCGCAUCGCGGAGAUCGCCGAUCUGGAUGCUAACCCCUGUGGUGGUACGCAUGUCGCGCAUACCGGCUUGACGGGGUAUAUUACCAUCCGGAAGAUAAGUCGCCAGAAGGGGGUUACGAAGUUGUCGUAUGAGGUGCCUGUGGAGAUCUAGGGGAGGGAAAAUUAUGGGAUGUGUAUGAAGGAACUGCUUGCAUUGGUAGUUGGUGGGGUUGGGGUUGAGAGAAUGUAAGUAUACGGAUGAUCGUAAUAAUAUAUGGUUUUUUGGUAAGCGUACUAUACUUCUGCAUUCCAGAUUUGAGCAUCAUAGUAUUUGAGGGAAUGGUGCGCAUGAUUGAGCUGGUGACUGCGCUAUCGCCGGGGUCGCAUCUGGUCUUGAAGGCGGGUUUUUUGAUCGCUAUUCAAAUCUCAGAGUA